UUGCCGGUUCGCGUGUCAAUAGUCAACAUAGCGCAGUCGCCGUGUGCGCUACCGCCGUCUUGUCGUCACGCUCGCCGAGGUGCGUACAUCUGUACGAACAGUUUAGAGCUUCUUCAGAAGGAAGAGAAUAUGUCCGGACGAGGGAAGUGCGAGACGGCGGCUCCGGCGACGGCGGCCGUGCCAGACGGGCCGAUUAAGUUCGAGAGCGCCGUGCCAAAAAUCAGGCAACAAUUGCUAAAGUGGAACGGUUGGGGUUAUAAGGACUCCGAAUUUCGUGUAAACGACCAACAAAGCGUGGAGUUCACCGGUAACAGAUAUCCCAUUGGAAGCCACCAGCUUCCAUACUUCGCGAAAUGUUGCGAAGAUAUGCUCGGUGUGGAAUGGGAAUCGAGGAAUACUGCUCAAGAUAUACCGACGAACUUGCCGGCGCCGAUCCUUUCGACGGAACUACUGAACGCGAUCAAAGAGCUAAAGAUCGACUACACCACUGACAAUGUCGAUCGUCUGAUACGAGCACACGGCCAUACGAUGCGAGAGAUUUUUCUUUUGAAGUUCGGCAGUUUCGAAAGAAUACCAGACGUUGUCCUGUGGCCAACGUGUCACGAUGACGUCGUUAGAAUCGUCUAUUUAUGCGCGCAAUAUGGGGCAGCCUGUAUACCUUUUGGCGGUGGAACCAGCGUCAGCGGCGCGGUGUAUUGCUCCGCGAAUGAACGCCGGACGAUAAUCUCAUUAGACACGUCGCAAAUGAAUCGGAUAUUAUGGAUAGACAGGGACAAUCUGUUGGUGUGCUGCGAAUCGGGCAUCAUCGGCCAGGACCUGGAACGGCAACUCCGUCUCCAAGGAUUCACGAGCGGCCACGAACCCGAUUCUUACGAAUUCUCUAGUUUAGGCGGAUGGGUGGCGACCAGGGCAAGCGGCAUGAAGAAAAACACGUACGGCAACAUCGAGGACCUAGUCAUGCGAGUGCGUAUGGUCACCGGGAGAACGGAUGAUCCUGUUAUCACUUUGGAGAGAGGCAGUUUAGUGCCUCGUGCAUCCUGCGGGCCAGAUUUCGAUCACAUGAUUCUCGGCAGCGAGGGCACUCUAGGAGUCGUUACAGAGGUCGUAAUGAAGAUCAGACCAUUACCGCGGGUGGUGAAGUACGGCAGCAUUGUGUUCCCGAAUUUCCAAAGCGGUGUUCACGCGUUUCGAGAAAUCGCGAAAGAACGAUGUCAGCCGUCCAGCAUACGUUUAAUGGACAACGAGCAGUUCCAGCUCGGCUAUGCGCUACGUCCAGAAUCUGGUUGGAUCAACACGAUACUGCAAAGCCUGAAGCAUAUGUAUAUCACCGGUAUAAAGGGUUUCCAGUGGGAUCAGAUAUGCAUGGCCACGCUGAUGAUGGAAGGCAACGCGGCGGCGGACGUCGCGGCACAGGAACGGAAAAUCUACAAUAUUGCCGAGAAGCACGGCGGUGUUUCGGGUGGUGAGACCAAUGGCGAGCGCGGAUACAUGAUGACGUUCGUGAUCGGAUACAUUCGUGACCUCGCACUCGAAUUUAACGUAUUAGCGGAGUCGUUCGAGACUUCUGUUUCUUGGAACCGCACGUUGUCGUUGUGCAGAAAUGUCAAGUCACGCGUGGCCAGGGACUGCGAGGCGCACGGCAUACGCAAAUAUCUUAUCUCCUGUCGCGUCACGCAGACUUACGACGCAGGCUGCUGCGUGUACUUCUAUAUGGCGUUCAAGUACACGAAUCUGGAGAACCCGGUCGAGGUUUACGAGGCUAUCGAGUGCUCGGCACGAGAAGAGAUACUCGCAAGUGGCGGCUCUCUGUCGCAUCACCACGGCAUCGGCAAGUUACGGGCGCAGUUUUAUCCCGAGGCCGUCGGAGAAGCGGGUGUUUCCCUUUAUCGUGCGACCAAAGCACAUUUGGAUCCGCAUAAUAUAUUCGGGGCGGGCAAUAUAGAUGUAAUGUACAAAGCGAAACUGUGAGCGCUAGGUAUGCUAUUUACGCUAUCUGAUAGCGGCGGUACGUGACUAGGAAACCCAGUAUCGUAUCAAAGAAUGGGGAAAAAAAUUGUUAUUCUUAUGACUUAACGGAAAAAAAAGUGAAUAGUAAGAGACAAGUGGUAUUGUCGUAUACUGAUUUAUCAUGAUGGUGUAGAAAAAAAAAGAGAGAGACUAGUUUAUAUUAUAAAUAAUUAUGCACCGUGACGACGUUUUGGUACAAAUGCGGAAUUGUAAUUGUAUCGGCAUUUUUAUAAAUUAUUACAACUAAACGAAAACACUCUCUUUCGCUCUCACUUAUAAGAUACCUUAAUCUAUCUCUACUUGCUAUUGUUGGACAGUUAGGUACAAGUGUGUCAACUUUCUCAAUGAGGCAUUUAGAAAACACAAGCAUUUUGCAGCACUUAUAAACUGGUGUUCUUUCAGAUCUAUGAUGAAUCUAAAAGAAUAUACGAAUGACAGUGAAUGCUCACUCAACUGUGUUUUCUAAAUGCAGUCAUUAUUUUAUGUAAUGAGGACGCAUAAUUCUUAAUCAUACGUAAUUCUUAAUAUCCAAGUGACGCGACAUGGUUGCUUUUGGUACCUGCGAUGUGUCGUAAUUCGUCAACAAUUCAUUGUCAAGCAUGAAGCGUUAGCAUAUCAUACGCAACCAAGGAUUCACAAUCGGAUUAAAUUUUUAUUAUUAUUGAAAGUACGAGUGGCAGUAAAUUGGUCUAGAAAUUGGAACGAUUGAA